CACAUUCUCAUGAACAAUUCUGGGAACCGUCCGGAGCCAUCCCGAGGAGGCAGCCAGCAUGGCGAAAGGCCUCCCACUCUUGCUAGUUCCAGGGACCUGCUUCCAGAAAUGUCUGGAAAGAACCAUGGAAAUCAAACUGCGGAAUUAUGAUGACCAAUCUUGACCUCAGAGAAAAGUUGAGGAAAUGCACCUCCAUCUUGUGCAGGUAGUGGCAGCAAGCAUGCUGGGCAAGAAGAUCUGAGUUCAGAUCCCACCUCUCACCUCUAAGGACGCUCAGCAGUUGCACGACUUUGGACCUGUUUGAUUUUACAAUUAAGGAACCUCAGUGGCCAUCAAGGACAACCCAGAUGGGAAAACAACGGUCAUUCAGCCCCUCCUGAAGACCUCCAGGCUGAGGAAAAACAGUUUUCUUUAGACAGAGAGUAGCAGGAAGAUGCAGCCCCCCGUCGUCGCUGGUUUAUAAAGUUUGCCUUAAUGAAUACAUCUUUGAACACUAUCCCCAUUCUCUUCAGGCAGCCUGCAGUCUGUGGCCUGUCCCAGAUAACCAGCAGCCUGUACCUUGGCAAUGGCUUGGCCGCUAAUAACAAGGUCAUACUGUCCAGCAACCAAAUCACCACCGUCAUUAACGUGUCCGUGGAGGUGGUGAAUACUUUCUACGCCGACAUUCAGUAUGUCCAAGUGCCUGUGGCCGAUACCCCGCUCUCCCGCCUGUACGACUUCUUCGACCCAAUCGCCGACAAGAUCCACACGGUGGAAAUGCAGCAGGGCCGUACGCUGUUGCACUGUGCGGCCGGAGUCAGCAGGUCAGCAGCCCUCUGCCUGGCCUACCUCAUGAAGUACCACUCGAUGUCCCUGCUGGACGCUCACACCUGGACCAAGUCCUGCCGACCCAUCAUUCGGCCCAAUAACGGCUUCUGGGAACAGCUCAUUCACUACGAAUUCAAACUCUAUGGCAAAAACACAGUUCGGAUGGUGAACUCUCCCUUUGGCGUGAUCCCGGAUGUUUAUGAGAAGGAGGUCAGAGUGAUGAUCCCGCUGUGAUGGUAAUUAGCUUUCUGCUAUUCAGGGUGAAGGGUGCAGAGCUGUCAUUCACUCUAGACCACGGUCUGAACUUGAAAAUAAACUCUUCAGCUCGAGUAUUAUACUUUGAUCGAUACAGAAAAGCAAAUGACAAUGUGAGGUCAAGGAGUGAGCUCUCCUGGGGCUUUAACCUUGAAUCAGCAUCUAUAAAGAAUAAAACUCAGUCACUACAAAA